GAACUCCUCUCCUCCCACUCCACGCAUUCAACCUCAGACAAAAAAAGAACAUGAAGCGACUCAAUCCCUCUCCUACCGAGCUGUUCAUCUCCUUCUUCGCCUUCUCCGCCCUCUUCCUCAUCCCCUCGACCUCCGCCCAGACCUGCCGGACCGCCUGCGGAAAGCAGUCCCUCCGCUACCCCUUCGGGAGCGGCCCGGGCUGCGGCGACCCCCGCUACCAAAGCCGCACCACCUGUGACGAGGCGCAGCAGGAGCUCACCCUAACCACCCACACGGGGUGCUACCCCGUCACCGCCAUCGACUAUGCCGCGCAGGUCAUCUACAUCUCCGACCCAACCAUGUCCACGUGCGCGUGCUCCCAGGAUAGCCGCGGCUUCGGCCUCGACUGGGACGCCCCCUUCUCCAUCCACGACAACACCAUCUUCGCCCUCCUGGACUGUUCCACCUCUACCUCCCCCAUAUACGGCCCCGCCGCCCCGGGGAAUUCCACCUCCUCCUCCUCCUCCUCCUCCUCCCCUCUCUGCGACGCCGAGGGCACUUCCAUAUGCAGCUUCCUGUACUCGUGCCACGCCAUAAGCAUGAUGAACCAGCCUAUCUCCUCGUGCUGCGUGUACACGCCAGUAGACCUCGGGCCGGCCUACGAGAUGGACCUCGGCAAACUCAAGUGCAGCUCGUACUCGGCAUUCUACAGCUUCGACGGGCAGGAGUUGGACCCCGACCGGUGGAAGUACGGGAUCGCGCUCAAGUAUAAGUUCAACGUGUAUAACGAAUACCCGAGCUCGUGCGCCCAGUGUGAGAGGAGCGGCGGGGCUUGCGGCUAUGGCGGGGCUUAUGACACGUUCGUGUGUAGUUGCCCCGAAAGCGGGCUGAACACCACCUCAGACUGCUUCUUCGUGGCGUCGUCCUUGAGUGAAGCUCCCGGACACAUUCUUGCUCCGCAUACAGGAACAGGGGCUUUGCUUCACUCAGUGGUCUCCAUUUUGUCGCUGGUCAUGAUCCGAGCGCCAUAAAACCAUCGAUGGAGUUCACAAUAAAGCGCCCGGUCUCAGCCAUGCUUUGCGCGGAGAAGCUGGUGAUUCUUCAGCCGCGAGAAACUCGUGUUUGCUCCGGCGAUUAAUGAUGUAAAGAAAACCAAGUCAUCGCUCACUGACAAUUGAAUUAUGGAAAGACAGACAGACAAUAGCCUCGCUAUUCUCUCUUUUCCUUCUUCUUCACUCCAACAAUGAUCUUCGUAUGACCAAGGAGCUAGAAAUGGUUUUUUACUUCCUAAUGAGAUUCGCAAACCGGAGUCACAUAGGUCCGGCUGUACAACACCCCGAGGUAGAGUCAGGAAGGGCCCC